AUGUCUUCUAGAAUCACCAGAUCUUCGGCUCGUCAAGCAGCGAGUCAGGCAGCCCAAACUAACAAUAUUGCUCCUGCCGCUGCUGACGUCCCGGCCGUACCCUCCACUACUCCAUCCACACGCAAGCGAAAAGGGCUCGCCGCCGAGAAGAGCCCCAACGACGCACUACCACCCUCUGGGUCUUCAGGUCGACGGUCCAAGAGACAAAAGAUCCCCGAAGCCGUUUCACCUCCGAACACCAACCAUAACAAUCACAUCACAUCAAGAUCUCGGCGAAAGGGAAAGCCCGCUGUUGAUAUGGACAGCCCGGAAGCCCACAUCUGGUACAACUCUGACCACCCGAAGAUCGAAACGGAAUCUUGA